UGUUCAGCAUUCAUAUCCUAUUCUGAAACAGAACAACGAAACCAGAUGCAACCUUAACUGCACUUACAGGCUGCUCUCCAGGUCUGAAUACUUUUUUUGUGGUAGGCUGCACACCAUGAGUUCUGUGCCAAACCGUUCCCAUACACCAUGUGUAAUCAAUAACAAGAUGGAAGCUUUUACUUAUUUUUAUUACUUAAUCUUUCUGAUUGGUAUUAUUGGGAGUUGCAUCGCACUUUGGUCAUUCAUAAGCCAAAGGAAAGCCAGAAAAUGCCUCAACAUCUACUUAAUUAACCUACUGACUGCCGAUUUCCUACUGAGUCUGGCUCUGCCUUUCAAAAUAAUUGUUGACCUAGGUGUUGCUCCAUGGGGUUUGAAAAUCUUCCACUGUCAGGUUACAGCGUGCCUCAUCUAUGUAAAUAUGUAUUCAUCGAUUAUUUUCCUGGGCUUCGUAAGCAUAGAUCGAUAUAUUCACCUCUCAGGAAACUCAAGAUUCCAAAGGAUUCAAGAGCCAGGUUUUGCAAAAAUGAUGUCUCUGGUCAUUUGGGGAAUGGUCCUGCUGCUGAUGGUGCCUAAUAUGGCAAUCCCCAUCAAAAACAUAGAGCCAAAACCUCUUCUCAAGUGUGCAGAGAUCAAAAUUACACUGGGGUUGCACUGGCAUGUCCUCACCAAUUUUAUCUGCAUUGCAAUAUUCAUGAAUGUUUCAGCGAUGAUGCUGACCUCCAACUUCCUUGUGGUGAAGAAACUGUAUAAAAACAAGGACAGAGAAAUGCAGAAAGAUGUCCAGCAAACUCUGAGGCAUGUUUUCAUACUGACCGGCAUCUACAUAAUUUGUUUUGUCCCAUAUCACAUUGUUCGGACUCCGUACACACUCAGUCAGUACAAGCCAGUGGGAGACUGCACUGUGCAGCGAUCCUGGUUUCUGGCGAAGGAAUGUACCUUCCUCCUGGCCGUCCUCAAUCUCUGCCUUGACCCCAUUUUGUAUUUCUACCUCUGCAAAUCAUUCCGGUCAAAAAUUACUCAAACGUUUGGAUUGGCCAAAGAGAUGAAACACAAGAAAAGAGAGGCCGAACAGGCAGCAAAUGAGACCAACUUAACAUUGUGCAAUUAA